GCAAAAAUGUCCACUGAUAAACCUAAAGGUAUUCUUAAGAAACCAUCUAUAAAUUUUCAAACGAAAACACCAAAAUUAAAAUGGGACGAGGAUAAUAUUCAAUUAACCGAAGCGCAGAAGAAUUCUACAAUGAAAGUUACAGAGCCUAAAACGCCUUACAUUCAUUACAACCAAGAAACAGAUGAGAUUAUGACUGAUCUUGAAAAGAUCCCUGGUUUAGCUUUGAGUUCUAAUAAUAGUAACCAAGGCUCUAGUAGUGUUUCCCCUAUAGGUUCAGUUUCUCCAUCAGCGGCUCAUUUUCCUGACUCAAUUAAGGACGACUGGGAUUCUGAAAAUUCCGAAGAGGAUGAAGAGACUAAAAUUAAACGUAAAAAAUUUGCUGAACUCAGAGCAAAGCAUUAUAAUAUGAAGGAAGCACUUCGAUUGGGACAUAAAUUAGUAGAUGAGGAUGUAGACGAAGAAGAAAAUGGUAAUGCGGCUGCCUUGAAUGAAGAGAACGAAAUCGAUAAUAAAGACUACGAUAAUUCAUCGUCAAACAAUGGUGUUCCCAUGGAAACAUAGCAAAUUUAAUUAUUUUAUUUACUUAUUUAUAGUCACUCAUAAUCUUUAUAAUAUUAUUUUUAAUUUUUUUAUUUUCGAACAUUACAUGUUAAUAAUUUAUUAUGUAAAAUAGUCUUAAUCUUUGAGUUUUAAUUUAAAUAUAAAAAACAUCUCUCGGAAUUUUCAUUAGAUAGUUAGUUCAUUUAUUUAAAAAGAAAUAGAAAUAGAAAUAAUGUUCUGUGUAACGUUUAUUGAUCUUAUCUUGGCGCAGCGUUAAAUCUAACUAUUUUUAACACUAUUUUGGACAGUAAAUGGAC